AUGGCGGUAGAUGGAGAAUUACAACGGAUAAAGGAUAAAGUUGGGGAAUACAUAGACGCAGCCCAGGAAAAAUUACACGCGCUAAGCAAUGGAAUUUGGAGUUGUCCGGAGCUUGCGUACCAAGAAAAACAGUCCCACGAUAUACUUGUUAGUUUCUUCUCAGAUGAGAGAGACUGGACGGUUGAACCUAAAUUCAAGCUGGAAACAGCUUUUCGUGCUAUGUGGUGUACCACUGAUAAUUUGGACCGUGACCACAUCGUGAAUGUGGGGUUUUUGUGUGAAUAUGAUGCGUUACCCGGUAUUGGUCACGCGUGUGGCCAUAACCUCAUAGCAGAAGUCGGAGUCGCUGCCGCACUUGCUUUAAAACGUGCUUUGGAGAGUCAGCCACACAUUCCUGUGCCGGUAAAGGUGACAGUGCUUGGGACGCCGGCAGAGGAGGAUGGAGGGGGGAAAGUUGACCUGAUACAGGCUAGGGCUUUCGAGGACCUGGACGUUGUUUUCAUGGCACAUCCUGCUCAGGAGAACUCAGCUUUUCAUUCAUGCAUGGCUAUCACAGAUUGCACAGUGAAGUGCCAUGGAAAGGCUUCUCAUGCUGCUGCUUACCCAUGGGAGGGGUUGAAUGCGCUGGAUGCUGCUGUGCUUGCUUACAGUAGCCUUUCUGUGCUGAGGCAGCAACUGAAACCUGACUGGAGACUCCAUGGGAUUAUUAAACAUGGUGGGACUAAACCAAACAUUAUUCCAGCCUACACCGAGCUGGAGUAUUAUCUGCGUACACCGCUGCGUAGAGACCUACCUGAACUCCAAUCCAAGGCAGAGGCCUGCUUUAGGUCUGCCGCCAUGGCAACCGGUUGUGAGGUGGAUAUAACUUACCCAAACCAUGCAUACUCCAACAUUCUUCAAAAUCUGACACUGGAAAACUUGUACAAAAAGAAUGGGAAAGCCUUGGGCAUGGAGUUCAAGAGCAUUUGUGGCAGCUUCUCUGGUUCCACUGACUUUGGGAAUGUGUCUUUUGUGGUACCUGGAAUUCACCCUUUCUUUUACAUCGGUACCACAGCACUGAACCACACAGAAGAGUACGCUGCAGCUGCAGGGUCUGAGAAAGCUCAACCUUACACGCUGCAGACGGCCAAAGCCCUGGCUAUGACUGCUUUAGAUGUGAUUUUCCACCCAGAGCUGCUUCAUCAAGUCAAACAGGAGUUUACAGAGGCUGUUCAGAAGGAAGGACUGAACCCUUAACACUAAAGAUCAGGGAUAUCUUUCAUUUCACUACAAGGUUUACAUGCACAACAGUUGACAUUAACUAUGAAUCUAUGCUAAUGUUCUCACAUUUGUAUCUGAUCUAAUAUUGGACUUAGUGGUGGCACUUAUGCAACAGACAUGUCCUCAGUGGCUGUAAUGCUUGCCUUGUAUUCUGCCUGUGUUGGAGGUUGCUUUGGAUAAAAGCAUUGAGUUUAUCGGGCAUGUUCAAGUGACUUGGGGCAGAGAAAACACUUGGAGUGACUGCUAAUUUGCAAACAAAAUUUGUAAUUAAGGAGAUUCUUGUUUGUGGAUGAUCUAAUGAAGAUGGCAUAACAACUGUAACAGCAGCAAACAAUUUCACUUAAAUAACUGACAUGGAAGAUUCAUGGAGGUCCUUCAGUACGUGAAACCAUAAUGAUAUGCACUUUUUUUUUUUUUUGACCAGAAAAUAAAGAUUGAAAAACUGGAAUGUUGAUGCAUAUGCAACUGCAUUACACUGAAGCAACAAGA